AUGGCUGUGCCAGGUCAAUCCAGCAUCUGCGCCAAGGAUGAUAAGCGGUCGAGGAUCCAAGUUCCAAGUGUUGUUAUUUCUCCGAAUAUGCGCAUUUUGACAGCGGAUGUGUUAGGUGCUGCCCGGUUUCCUCAUUUACACUUGACUGCGAUGAUAAUUCUGUUAGCGUCCACUGAGUACUGUUCCGCGGGGCGAUCGAUGGAGCAGCCCCCGCAAGAACGGGCCAGUCAGAAUCCCCAGCGACAAGCCAUUGCGCGUUCGGCGUUUCAUCGGGUCCCUGAACAUGAACUGGGUGGAAACGGUGGGAAAGCCUUGGGAGGGGAAAGGCCCUGUUCAUCGUCCAUCAUCCUUCGUCCCUCCCUUGGCACUGACAAUACGACCCCAUGGCUCAUAGCGGAAGGGGUUGCGCUCCACUGCUACCUUUCUGUGACUUUAUUACCACCCUCCACUCCAGUACCACCCCCCCCAAGUGAACUGAUGCCGUCACUGCAGUCUCACUACAACUGGUCCUGUACCAUAUCCAGCCACACCUCGGCUGCUGCUGCUCUUUCACUCGUUCCUCUUCUCCUGUCGUAUGUCAUGUCGACUGCUGCAAUUGGACUGGUCAAGAUCUCCCAGGCUCUGUCAGCACUUGCUUCGGUCACUGCACUCGUUUAG